AUGUCUCAGGCCGUCAAGACCAAGAGUGCUUCUGAAAACGCCCCUGAAGGCGCUCAACCUCAAGUUUGGUGGUCUAACGCUGUCUUCUUCAUUCUAGUUCACGUUGCGGCGGCCGUGGGGGUGUAUUACUUGCCACCUUGGGCUGUUCACAAGAAGACGUUGUUGCUGUGGUUCCUGACAUGGCAAAUGUCUGAUUUUGGUAUUACGAUUGGGUACCAUAGACUGUACUCGCACAAGGCGUUUCGCGCCACAUUAGGCGUUCGCGUCGUUUUGGCUAUAUUAGGGUCGGCUGCAUUUCAAGGUUCUAUCAAGAGAUUUACGGACGACCCGGUUCACGAUCCAUAUGCUGCCACGCGAGGUUUGUUCUACUCCCAUAUGGGCUGGAUAUUUUACAAGCCGAAUUACACGCGCAUGGCAUUGAUAGAGAAGGAUGACCUCGAGAGUGAUCCAGGGCCGUCUUUGGCUGACUGGGAUCCAAGCAAAUGGAUCAUUAUAGCAUUACAGCAACUGGGUCUUGUGGCGUCACUUCGUCGGGCCCGCAAAGAAGAUCUUGAUGAGGCUAUCCAUCAUAUGAAAAAGAAAGCGUCAACCGGCGUUGACGAACCAGAAGAUAGAAGAUGGGACGGAGAAACUUGGAACAAUGUCCAGGUAGUAGAUUUCGCAAAAGCGAAGACUGGAAGGUGUAUUGUGCUGAUAGACGGAUAUGCGGUUGACGUCACUGCGUAUCUUGGACAGCAUCCUGGGGGUGCAAAGCUAUUGAGGGAGUACUCUAUCAGACUUACAAGUGAUAUAGAUUCAUGGAGGAAGGCGGAUUGGGCAUUCAAGGGCGGACUGAACAACCAUUCUCGUGCCGCGAGGAGACAGAUGCGGGAAAUGAGAGUAGCGAAGCUCGUUGACUGA